GUUCAAACGUACCAUCCCUGUCUCUCUGGUUGAGUCAGUCUGUUUCUCUGUAUGGUCAAAAGUUUCAACUCCACCUGCCCAUUCUGCAUCAGACAAAUAACAAAUCAAUAUUGGAAACAGCAGCUAACACAACAACAACAACUUCCUCCUUCUAAACUCCACAAAAAUUCCCAUGCAUUCUUCUUCUUCUUCUUCUUCUUCACUUCCCCAUCACCAAAGACCUAACAACAACAACAACAACAACAACGAUAAUGUCAUUUGUAAGUCUUCUAUAUCAGCAGCAGAAGAAGUGAAGCUUGCUGCGCUUGCUAUUAGCCUUAAUGUUCGUCUUAGAUCAGCUGAUAUGCCUUUUGCCAUGCAAGUACAUGCUCUUCGUUUUUCUACAACUCUUCUUCUUCACUCUGCAACUCAACGUCCUAAUCCUACUCUUCUUGCUCGCUCCAUCAAAAAGGAGUUUGAUUCGAUGUACGGGCCGGCAUGGCACUGUGUGGUGGGGAAGAGCUUUGGAUCCUUUGUGACUCAUUCACCUGCUGGAUUUCUGUAUUUUUCUCUGGAUUCCUUUUCCUUUCUUCUGUUCAAGACAGAGGUUCAGUUGAUCACAGAAUCAGUAGUACCAACACCUCCUGUCAGCUGAUUCAUUUGGUUGUUGGUGGUUAGUUUUUGUGAUCUGUAUUUGGAAACAGAUACACUAAGCUGCUAACUUGUUUUGGAGUUCUUUUACAAGUUAAGAAUGUAUAUGAUAAUAUUUACAUUUCUCUAAGGUAAAAAUACAUGUAGUUCAAAAAGGACGACCUGAUGCACUAAAGGUCUGUUAUGUGUGGAGUUUGAGAAAGGGCCGGACAACAAGCAAUCUUUUCCAGAUUUUGUUUAGUUAGCUUUUUCUAGUAAGUGUCCAAAUUUACUCGUCGUUGUAGGUUUUUCUUUAACAAAUCCAGCCCUGCAACCUUGAAACUCGGGGUGAUGAGCCCACCCCUGUGCCCUUCUCCAUUUCUAUUUAAGUAUCGGAGUUAGUUCACUUGGCACAAUGCUUCGAACCGGUGACCUAAGAUACAAUUAUGAAACAUUUUCAAUGUCUCUCUUGUACAAUCAUGAUUGUUUUAAUAC